GGAGCCAGGUGCUUCUCCUGGUCUCCCAUGGGGUGCAGGGCCCAAGCACUUGGGCCAUCCUCCACUGCACUCCCUGGCCACAGCAGAGAGUUGGCCUGGAAGAGGGGCAACCGGGACAGAAUCCGGCGCCCCGACUGGGACUAGAACCUGGUGUGCUGGCGCCACAAGGCGGAGGAUUAGCCUAUUGAGCUUCAGCGCUGGCCCCAAAUAGCAUCUUAAUCACCGCACCUAACACCCUCCCCCAUCUUUUAAUUCCAUGUUCCACAAACCAAGAUAAGGUAUCUUCCACUGUGUGACAAGACCAUCAUUCAUCCACUGUACUAUCAUUGAACUAGGAUUAUUUCUAGUCUGGAUCUAUGGCGAACCCUAAUAUUUCUGGUGGACACAUCUGUUUGGGGGCACCCCGCAGACAUGACCCAGCCAGCCAUGGUUGAGAGUUCAGGGUUCUCCAUAAUCUCACCGACAUUUGUUCAGCAUGUACCCAUUGUACAGAGAAGGUAAUUGAGGCUUUUGGGGAAAGCAGCAGGUGCUGCCGCCUGGUCCAGAGAGGCACGGUGGGUCCUUCUUGUCAGAAACCUGCUCUGCCACCUCCCUCGUCCCCGCCCCCUCAUCCUGCCCCUACUGUGCCCUCCCAGCCUGGCUGUGGGGCAGGGAGGGACAGACAGGGUCACGUGGCCCCAGGCUCAGCGUGAGGAAGCCAGGCAGGGUACAGACGUCUGCCGGGUUGUGGGGCUCUUCAGGGAAUUAGGAGAAGCCCCGCCAUGGACCCACCACCAUCACCGAGCCAGGCUCCCCAGCCCCAGCCGGCAGCCUCCUCGCCACUGACCUCCUACCGCUGGCACACAGGGGGCAACGGGGAGAAAGGGGCCGGAGGGUUCCGCUGGGCCCGGCUGGCAGGCUGGGGAAGGGCGCUGAGCCACCAGGAGUCCAUGGUGAGUCCCCAGCCAGCCUCUCGCUCGCUGUUCCGUCGGGUGCUGUCUGCACCCCCCAAGGAGUCACGAACCAGUCGCCUCCGGCUCUCCAAGACCCUCUGGGGGAAACAGAAGACCCCACCACCGGAGCCAGAACCAGAGACAGACACCCCAGAGCCGGAGCCCACUGUCCCACAGAUUCCCGAGGCACCCACUCCUGAUGCACCUGUUUGGGACAUCGGCAGUUUUACCCUGCUGGACGGGAGGCUGGUGCUAUUUGGCGGGGAAGAGGAGGGUCUUCGACGGCCCCGGGUGGGAAGUGCCAGCUCCGAAGGCAGCAUCCAAGUGGCCAUGGGGAACUACAGAGACCCAGAUCGGAGCCUCGGAAGGACUGAGACGGAGACCGCUAACCCCAACCAAGUGCACAAUGUUAGGGGAUUGCUCAAGAGACUGAAAGAGAAGAAAAAGGCCAGGUCAGAGGCAGGAUCCAACACUUCUCGGGACGGGCCCCCCAGGUCUCCCAGUGCUCUAGGCUCUAGGGAAUCGCUGGCCACGCUCUCUGAGCUGGACCUGGGCGCCGAGCGGGACGUGCGAGUCUGGCCGCUGCAUCCCAGCCUCCUGGGGGAGCCCCAUUGCUUCCAGGUUACAUGGGCAGGCGGGAGCCGCUGCUUCUCGUGUCGCUCUGCCGCUCAGAGAGACCGCUGGAUUCAGGAUCUUCGUCGUCAGUUCCAGCCCAGCCAGGACAACGUGGAGCGGGAAGAGACGUGGCUGAGCGUGUGGGUGCACGAGGCGAAGGGGCUGCCCCGGACGGCGGCGGCCGCGCCCCCGGGCGUGCGCGCCGAGCUGUGGCUGGACGGCGCCCUGCUGGCGCGCACCGCACCGCGCGCCGGCCCAGGCCCGCUCUUCUGGGCCGAGCGCUUCCACUUCGAAGCGCUGCCACCGGCGCGGCGCCUGUCGCUGCGGCUGCGUGGCUCCGGCUCCGGCUCCGGGGCUGCGGCGCUGGGCCGCGUGGCGCUGGAGCUGGAGGAGCUGGCCGUGCCCCGCGCGCCAGCCGCCGGCCUGGAGCGCUGGUUCCCGCUGCUCGGGGCGCCGGCGGGCGCGGCGCUGCGGGCACGGAUCCGGGCGCGACGCCUGCGGGUGCUGCCGUCUGAACGCUACAAGGAGCUGGCGGAGUUCCUCACCUUUCACUACGCGCGCCUCUGCGGGGCGCUGGAGCCCGCUCUACCUGCUCAGGCCAAGGAGGAGCUGGCGGCCGCCAUGGUGCGCGUGCUGCAGGCCACCGGACAGGCUCAGGCUUUGGUGACAGAUCUGGGCACCGCCGAGCUGGUUCGCUGUGGAGGCCGUGAGGCGCUGCUGUUCCGGGAAAACACGUUAGCCACCAAAGCCAUAGACGAGUACAUGAAGCUGGUGGCCCAGGAUUACCUGCAGGAGACCCUGGGGCAGGUCGUGCAGCGUCUCUGUGCCUCCACUGAGGACUGUGAGGUGGACCCCAGUAAAUGUCCUGCCCCAGAGCUGCCCCAGCACCAGACCAGACUCCGGAACAGCUGUGAGGAGGUCUUCGAAACCAUCGUCCACUCCUACGACUGGUUCCCGGCAGAGCUGGCCACCGUGUUCUCAAGCUGGCGAGAAGCGUGCAAAACUCGCGGCUCUGAGGCGCUGGGCCCCCGACUGGUGUGUGCCUCCCUCUUCCUGCGGCUCCUGUGCCCCGCCAUCCUGGCACCCAGCCUCUUUGGCCUGGCCCCAGAACACCCGGCACCCGGCCCAGCCCGCACCCUCACGCUGAUCGCCAAGGUCAUCCAGAACCUUGCCAACUGUGCCCCGUUUGGCGAGAAGGAAGCCUACAUGGGUUUCAUGAAUGGUUUCCUGGAGGACCACGGGCCAGCCAUGCAGCGCUUCCUGGAGCAGGUGGCCAUGGUAGAUGCCGGCGCAGCCCCCGGUGGUUAUCAGAGCAGCAGCGACCUGGCGCUCCAGUUGGCUGUUCUGCACGCGCAGCUCUGCACCAUCUUUGCAGAGCUGGACCAGGCCACUUGUGACAGCCUAGAACCCCUGCCCACCAUCCUGCGAGCCAUCGAGGAGGGCCGGCCUGUGCCUGUGUCUGUGCCGAUGCGUCUCUUACCGCCCCCGGCCCAGGUCCACUCCAGCUUGUCCGCAGGGGAAAAACCUGGCUUCGUGGCCCCCCGGGACCUCCCAAAGCACACGCCCCUCAUCUCCAAGAGCCAGUCCCUGCGUAGCUUUCUCGGCGCGGGGAGCUGGGCCCGGCCGCGGCCCGAUGAGGACCGACUCCCGCGGCGGCAGCGGCCGGUGCAACGCACGCAGAGCGUCCCUGCCCGGCGCCCCGCUCGCCGCCGCCCGUCUGCGGGACCGCGGACGCGCCCCAAGGACUCCCUGCACUCCAGCGCCGCGCCCCGCGGCAGACCCCGAAUCGGGGCUUCGGCCUCGCUGCCUCGGAAGCCGUCGGUGCCCUGGCAGCGCCAGCUGGACCAGCCGCGAGAUCGAGACCACGCACCGGACACGCCGCGACCCCUGGGCAAGCUAACGCAGCUGCAGGGCGAGGUGGCCGCCCUGCGCGAGGAGCAGAAAGCGCUGGCCCGCCUGGUGGAGUCGCUGAGCACCCACAUCCGGGCCUUGACGGAGCAGCAGCAGCAGCUGCGGGGCCAGCUGCAGGACCUGGACUCCAGGCUCCGCGCUGGGAACUCAGAGUCGGAUUCUGAGCAUGACUUUCCAAGCAGGGAGAGUCACAGGAUGAAAAAUCUGGAGCGGCGACUGGCUGAGAUGGAGACCUUUCAGACCCACUUGGGGGACGCUGUCCAGCGCCUACAGCAUCCAAGGACGCCAUGCUCCCAGGGCCAGCCCCUGUCCUUCAAAGCACCUUGUGUCAAUGGAGGCACUACUUGAGCCACCCCUCCACGGGGACCUUGAGCAGAGAUUGACGUCUCGGGGGGGGGGUGUCCGAUGCACCCAGCUUCAGCCUUCAGGGUAGUGUGGUUAUCGUUGCAGAUAGCACCCUGAGGUCACCCAGUAAAGUCUUGAUUCCAGUAAAAAAAAAAAAAAGUUGCUUCUUUGCCCCUAAGUGUUGCCGAUCAAAGAGUACUCCAGCCUCCACACACACACACACGUACUCACACACACACAC